AUGAGUGGCAAGUUUAAUUGGUCACUGGACGUGUUUGCUGAUAUAUACAACACACUCAAGUUUGAGACUAAUAUUGAUUUGGAUACAAUAGAUUUCACCAAUAUUAAAAAUGAUCUUGCAAAUGUUUUGAUUACACCACUCCCUCUGGAUCAAUCACGCAGCAAACUUGGAGAUGCAUCAAAACCAGUGGCAUUGCCCUGUGGAGAUGAAGUGAAAUUGAAUCAAGCAUCUAUUGAAAUCACUGGAGUCUUAUCAAAUGAAUUGGAUUUAGAUGAACUAAAUACGGCAGAAUUGUUGUAUAACGCAAGUGACUUGAGCUACAAGAAAGGAACAUCCAUUGGCGAUAGUGCUCGAUUGGCUUAUUAUUUAAGAGCUCAUUAUAUACUUAACAUUGUUGGGUUUUUGGUUUCACAAAAACGUUUGGACAUCAUCACCAAUGACCACCAAGUUUUGUUUGAUAAUGUCUUGAAAAGUUUUAGCAGGAUUUACACAUUGAGUGGUAAAUUAAAUGACAUGAUUGAUAAACAAAAAGUUACUGGCGACAUCAAUAGUCUUGCAUUCAUCAACUGUAUCAAUUAUUCCAGAAGCCAGUUGUUCAAUGCCCAUGAAUUGUUGGGACAAGUUGUGUUUGGAUUAGUGGAUAAUUAUUAUGAGAGUUUUGGCACGUUAAGCAACUACAAAUCCUUAGUGGAGUUUAUUCUGAAAAACAUUAGCGACGAAGAUAUUUUUGUUAUACAUUUUUUACCACUCACAUUACAGUUGUUCAAAAAAUUACUUCAACUAGGCGACGAGACCUCAGUCGACCAGUUUUAUAAAACUAUAACUUCUUCAAUACUGAAGGAUUAUGAAACCAACAAUUUCUCCAAAAGUGAAGAUAUUGAUUUAUCAAAAUCAAAAUUGAGUGGGUUUGAAAUAGUGACUAGCUUUAUAUUUUUGACAGAGUUUAUUCCAUGGUGCAAACAACUGUCAAGUAGGACUGCCAAAUACGACUUCAAAGAUGACAUAUUGAAGUAUAUGGAAUUAUUGAUAAGCUAUGGGGUUAUGGAACGAUUGUUAUCGUAUUGUUCUGAGACUAGCAAUGUAAAAACUCAACAGGCAUAUGAUUGGUCAAACAUGUAUGAUUUCAGAGCGUUGCUCCAAAAGAAUUUCCCGAGACUUACGCCGGCAAAAUUCCAUUAUCCUGGAAGUCAAGAAUUACUGAGUGUGGUUAGACCAGGAUACGAGAAUGUCUCGAAAUUGGUGGAUAUUUCCUUUUUGACUUUAGAUCCAUCGCUUAAUGAGACAUUGGUUUCGCCGUUUUUCCAGAGCUUUUUCAGUGUAUUUAUAUCUAAUGCAGCAGUUGUUAUGACCUCUUUAAGAGACUCCGAAGAGGAUUUUGUUUUGUCGGCGUUGAAUGCAAGCGAUGAAGAAGAAGAAGAAGAAAAAGAAGAAAGCGACAACGAAGAGGAUUCUACUACCCCAAGGGACAAAGAAAAAUUAUCCGGGUUAGAUCUUGACAAAAUCGCUCAACGUGCUGAAUUAGAAAGGUUUUAUUUAGCUUUUGCAUACACAUACAACAAUCGAUCUGAAUUGUGUGCGUUGUUUUGGGGAGACGAGAGAGUAACCAAUGACAUUAUAGGAUUUAUUUCCUGGGGGCUUGCUAAUAAUACUUCUCCGUUGAUCACUGCAACAUUUUGUAUGUUAUUAGGAACAUUGGCUUCUGCUGGUGGCGAUGCAUCUUCCAGGAUAUGGGAGAUUCUUGUGCACAAUAAUAACAACACAGGUAUGAAGAAGAAUGACUUUUCAAAGAUAUCCGUUGACUCCCUAUAUGAUUCGUUAAAAUAUUAUAUUGAUUCAUUGAAUGAAAGUUUUGAGCAAGACUUGAAUGAUCAAUUGAUGUUGAGUCAGAAGAAACAAGAUUUUCUAUUUAGCGCCACAACAAGCAAACAGGACCUCGAUGAUUCUGGAGAGAAUAGAAUUGUCAUCGAGUUGGCUGAAGAUUCACUUGUUUUUAUUUCUGGGUUUAUUCAAUUACUUUCUGCUAUUGUGAAGAAUUUAAACACUAAAAACGAACGAAGCAAAGAAAUCAAAUCCGUUAUAUAUGCUAGAUUCUCACCGAUCAUUAAAGGCUUUUUGAAGUUUGAUAAUUUAAUCAAUGGUAGCAGAUUUCUUCAAGUUGAUGCUAAUAUUCAAAGCUCAAACAACCCCAAAUUUAUUGAUUUGCCAAAUGUUUAUGUCAGUGAUGAUUCGAGAAUUAUAUUGACAAACCUUAUUCUAACCUUCUUAGGAGAUUUUGUUGACAAUGAUAGCGAUCCAUAUAUUAGGUAUGAGAUUUGGCGUUUGGUCGAUCGAUGGAUGUACCAAGGGUUGUACAGUUUAGCAGAAGACAAGAAAGAUGAUGCAUUUAGACACAUUAAAAGAAAGUAUAUCAGCAAGAAAAACGUUCCUGUCAACCAAGCAUUUACAACAAACCUAACUCAUCUUAGCCAGAUUGGGAAUUUCGCUGUGUUAGUGAAAAAAUUGUUGACCCCAUUUGAAGAUAGCAAUGAAGCAUUUACCAAGUAUUCAUUAUUAUACCCAUGUGACUUGGGAUUAGGGUAUAGAUUCAACAACCAACUUGGAAUUUGGCCGUACAUUGAAUUUUUAAUGCAGAAUGUUUUUGCAAACUCUAGCACUAUUGCUAGUAAGCGAGAUAGAUUCAAUUUGCAAGUGAAUUUGUUAGAAUUGUUUAGCAACGCAUUAGAUGAAAUUGACUGGAAGUUUCUUAUUGAUGUGGCACCAAAAAUUAUUCGUGACUUGAAAAACUUUAACGGAGUAUUUGAUUCGCUUAUACCUGGCGUGCAAUUGGACUUUGAGGUGUUUGUCAAGUUGCACCAUUCGGUUGCUGUGAUGAAUUACCUAUUUGAAAGCAAAACAUUUACUGCAUUGUUUGGGCUUGUCAAUAUUGGUGUUGACUCUAUCAACGAAUCAAGCGAGUCUGCUGAAUUGGUGUCGCGUUCCCUUUGUGUGAUUAAUUCUUUGUUAAAAGUCCAGAAUUCUUUUAUAAACAAGUUGUUGCCUAUAUUGAGAAAUAAAGAUACUCAGCAACAAUUACAUCGUGGAACAACUAUUGGGAUAGGUACUUCCAUGAGUCUUGCAUUAGCAACUCCUAGAACUAUUUUUGAUUGUAUAUACUAUCCGAAAAAUUUGGGAACACAUGGUGUUGCUGAUUUUUACGAAGUGAUCUUGUUCCACUUACCAGCAGUUGUCCAAUUUGCCCUUUAUGUCAGUUGUGAAAAUCCAAUUUCCACCAAAGCACUUUCUAUAUUAAAAGGAGUAAGCCAAUCCAAAUUUUUUGUCACCACAGUUUCGAGUUCUGCAGAUCCUUUACUUAACAACGAUAGAUUGAUCACCACAUUUGAAAACAUUGAUGAAUCGAUAAAAAUCAAGUUUGCCUUUAUCGACAAGUUUGAAGAGCUUGAGGACUCUUUGAAUAUGAAAUAUGAGAUAUUGGACUUUAUUUUGGGCAAUCUCGAUCAGUUUGAUGGUAAAGCAGCUACUAUUGCUCAUUUUUUGUUGGGUUACAAAGUGAAAGGUGAUACAUUAGAAUUGGUGCAGUCAAAUGACCAAAUCACUUUACUAAAAUCGUUUUUGAAUACAUUGAGUAUAAGUCUUGAUUUGAUUUCUGAGAUUGAUUAUAAUAAUGGUAAUAAUCAUAUUAUUGAUGUUGGUCCAGCCAAGCUUUCAUCGAUGAUUUUACAGAUUCUUAUCAAAUUGUGUCAAGAUCCAAUUUCUUCAUCAAUCACAUUGAACCAGUUACGUGAAUAUGAACAAUUAUUUGAAAAAUUGGUCAACUGUCAACCUAAGCUUGAUUUGAAUACUGUCUGGUGUGGUAACCAGUUUAACGGGGAUUUACAAAUUGAUGCCAGCAAUGUAUUUGUUGAUAAUCAACCAAGCACUCAAGCGUUCUUUUCCUUUAUCAGCCAGAGAAAUUUAAUUUUGCAAUAUUUGUCAUUGGAAUUCCAUAGUGUCAAGUCAAGAACGAAAAGAGAAUAUUAUUCAAAAGUGUUGACUAACGACAAGGAAUUUGUCAAUCGUACACCUAAGGUGUUGACGUUCUUGAAUAUUCUCAACUAUUCAUUUAAGAACUUUGAAGUGCAGAAAUACGAAUGGCUUGACCGCAAGUUUAACAUGUCGUUGAUAUUGGAAGAAGUGAAUGCCCAGAAGAAUGGAACAUUGGAUUUUUCUGUCUUAACAAAGGCUUUCCGACUUUUGUGUCAAACAUCAAAUUUAAUAACUCCCGAGUCAAAACAAUUGUUUGCUGAAGAAAUUAUGGUGGAAGGAAGUAAAAUUUCUGACUUUGUAACAAAGUAUCUGGUAUCAACCGACUUGAAGGACGUACAAUUGAAAUGCUUACAUUCAUGGUGUCAAUUGAUUGAGAUUUUGGUUACUGAUAGUGGAAUUAAUUCGCUGAAUUUCAUCUUGGAAGUGUUACAAGUUAUUAUUCCCAAGAUCAAUGAUUAUUUUGAUGUGGAUAUUCUGUUUUCCGAAGAAAUGGUUUCGUUAUGUGUUUUGUUGUUUGAUCUUUAUGAUCAGCUGACACUUACCAACAGGAAAGGUGAAGAAUUUGCACUUGGAAUUGAGAGAUUGAUUCCCUUAUUUCAGACUUGUAUUGCAGGCAUUCUUAAUUCUAACUCAACACCUGGCUUACGUUCAGACUUGUAUGUGGUUGGCAACAAGUUUUUGCUAAAAUGUUUUGAAAGAGAGUCAUUUUUGAAACAAAUGAUGCUUAUUAUCAAGUCAGUAGAUAAAAAGUUUUUCCAGGUGAUCUGCAAUGAUGCUAUCUACUCAGAAGGUCCUUCGAGAAUCACGUCUACUUUGUUUCUUGAGUCAUUAGUUCAUUUAGGGACUUUGGUGAAGGUUGAUUUUAUUUUAAAUGCGGUGAUCAAGAACAAUGCAUUGCUGCUACUAGUUAGGUCAGUUAAACGAACUGAUGCCAUGAUCAAAUUGUGCCAGGAAAAGAAUUCAGGUGUGACUUUAGAACAUUUUGUAUUUGAUUUAAUGGCAUUCAAGGCAACAUUGUAUUUUUUCGCUAGAGUGGCUAAAUCAAAGAACGGGGCAUUGCAAUUAAUUCAAAAUGAGUUAUUUUCAAUAUUGAAUCUGUCCAAGUUUUUACAGAUUGAUCCAGAUAUUGGUUUGAGUUUACAGAUUGAAGAAGUUCAAGAUCACAAGACUGUCAAUGUCAACGUUUUGCUAGAUACACCGCUUUCGAUAACUGACUUGGUGGACCCAUACAAGUUGCGAAAUGAAAAUAAUAUAUCUUAUUUUGAGUUUCUUGUACCGAUAUUUCAGCUACUUACAACAGUGUUAUUGUCAAUGGGGCCAAAUUAUCAACCAGCAAUCAUUCAAACAAAAGAGCUUAUGAAGAGUGUCAAUCGGUUGGUGGUGGGAGUUAUGAAAAGGGAUUUCUUGGUAGAGACCAAACAAAUCGGCAAAGGUUUAUACAAGGAAGAGAGUCACGAGUUGGCUUCGUUAAAGGAGUUGGUUAAGUUGUUUAUUUUGAUUGAUUCAUUAGCUAAUUAUAGUGUGUAG